AUGUGGUUGGCCUCAGGGCCUAAGGUGGCGUCUCAAAAUAUUAUCGCAGUGAGAGUGAAUUCGUCCUGUGUACUGGUCUCCUGGGAAAGGAUACCCAAUGGUAAACGACGGGGCUUGAUACAGAAAUACAGAGUCGAAACAACAAGUCGCGAAGUACAAGCGCCAACACAGUAUCUGGAGAUCGUUGGCAUAAAUGUGGACUCAGAAUUUACCAUUACUUUGGAGGCUGCUAAUAGAAAAGGAUUUGGACCAGUCAGUGAGCCUGUUAAUAUAACUGCUGCUCCGUAACAACAUCCUUGGAACAAUUUAGGCUACCAAACGUGAUGAUCUGUGAAAUUUUUUUAAUGUACAGGGUACAAUAAAGGAAUUAUCGCCAAUCGCAGUUAUGCUCGAUUUUUCUUAUACAGGCCUUUAUUAUCGGUGAGCGAGUGCUUAUCAUUCCCAUUGAGUUUUGUAGCUACCAUGUAUAGUUAUUUAGAUCGGGGAAAGCCUGGAGCGAACAAACCACCUUAUCCCCUUACACUUGUUUGUCAUUCCUACCCCUCCCGCCUAUUUUUCUCUUCGUUGUACACCUCUUUGAAGCGCGUCGGGUUUUUCUCGAUCUUACAAACUCACUAUGGCUGCCUCUGUGCAACAAUGUAAUCAAUCAGAACAUUUAUCACUCGCCCGCCAGUAAACAUGCCCUCCUCGCGGGUUAUGUGAAACACUAAAUUUUACAACGCUGGCAAAUGUUCCUCUACUUCAAAGUGAUAUUGAAAUUAUCACUGAAUUACUCAGGUGAUUAUUUUGCUUUUCUUUUUAUUCUGUUGGGAGUAUAGGGCCAGGUGCUACUUGAUCAUCCAAAUUAAUGGGCCUUAGUGUCAGUCUUGUGUUAUCCUUAGUGCGUGUUGUGGCUGUAGUUAACUCCUUUGACUCCGGAACGCUUACUCCAGUGUGUUGGACAUUCAAAUCAUCUUUGGACAACUGUCGAUCGAUUAAAUGAAAAGGCUUUGUUCACUUGAGUUCAAGAAAUACGUUUUAUAACCACAGAAAAGUCAUCUUCAGCCAAUAUACGAAAUCGAAAGAAACCAUUGCUGUUUUACUUAAAGUUUUGUCAAAAAUUUUAAGAGAAGAGUUUGCGUUUUUAUUUUUAAUUUUUCAGCGCUUUAUUUUAUUUGAUUUGCCCUUCCUAUUGCUUUUCUUCUCAAAUAGACAAUGCACAUCCCUUAACUACUGAUAUUAAUUUUCGAAUAUUGUAAUAGGGAUUUGGAAAACUAAAAGACUGAAACACAAGGAAAGCGGAGACAAGAGCAUACGGCAUUGUGCAACCGCAAUAACAUGUGUCUUAGCUGGGAUAAAAUGUAAGUUUACUUUUAAUGCCUCACAUACAUCUACGCAUCCAAACUCAGGCCUUUCGUUUCCUAUUGCAGUUUUCCUUCCCUGAAAUUCUUUGUUGCUUCAUCAUAAUAAAGGCGCCAAACUUUACCGCAAUUGAAAUGAACAUGCAACCAAUAAAUACUUACCUUAAUUUUUCUUAUCUGUUGAAAAACAAAGCCGGAUGAGUAGAUAAGUAGCUCAAGUGCAAGAAGUAAGCCAAGUUUAUUGCAGGCAACUAAUUAACAUUUGGUCAAAGAUUUCUCAUCUAGGCUUGGUCACCCUUACUCACGCUUUCGUCACGCAUUCAAAUACUUGUCAAAUACUCCACAACUACGAUGUGAAAAUCAAUAAGCAAGACCUCGUUGUAUUUCUAAACGAACACACGAGUGACCGCGAGUGACCACGAGUGACCACGAAUGACAAAGAGUGACUACAAGUGACUGCGAGUAACUACGAGUGACCACGAAUGUCCACGAGUGACCAGAACCCAAACUGACUACGCUUGAUCACUAGUUCUAAGUCAUUAAAAUAUUUGGCGACAUCGUUCCCUCAAGAGAGAGGGUGGAAGAGAGAGGACUCGGAAACGCGGUUGAAUCCUUGGCUGACAUCAUAAUUUCGUCGUCAAUACGUCUUUUCAUGGAAUAAUUAUGAUUCAACCAUAAAUAAAACCAUUUCCGAAGGCCGAAAUAUGUGAAAUUGUAUCAUUUCCUUCAUUUCCAAAGGGCAGAUCCCCGACGGCAAUUUCGCUGUCAAAAAAAUAUAGCGCUGUUAUCGUUUUUCGUUCGUGCCCUCCCUCUCGAGUAUCCCGCUUCCCACUUUUCAGCCUCUCGUAUCCCCUCUGGAAUGAAUGGAAGAAACGAAAGGAGGGAGGGAGACGGGGGGGAACUAAUGGAGAGAGAAGGAGCAGCGUAAACAUACAAAGGAAAUAUAAAAGAUUAAAGGUGCAAUAAAGAUAUUUAGUCAUUUGAUCUUAGAAAUGUAAUAAGCGACAGAAAUUGAGAAACAUCUUGCGUUUACACGAAGGUAUUUUUGCAGAAGAUGUUGCUUUUGAGAUUCGUGAUCUCGUGAGCUAAAGUCAAUCACCCUACGUGUGCGUUCAGGCCAAGAACAUAAAAUUCCACAAUAAACUUCCGAGGCCAGGUUUCACGCCCAAUUGAGUCCCAAUGGUCUCAUUUUAUCGGCCAGUUGCCGCUCUGAAAAUAUAACUCAACGGCAGCAAAGAUAGUUUGAUUGGUGAAGGUAGCCAGUCAAGAGUAAUAUUCAGGCCAGCGGAGGUAAGCGCGAGGCUAGCGUUAAAUGCGAGUCACGCUCCUCGUUUCCCGCGUGCCUUGCCUUUUGUUUCCCCUAUUUAACAAAUAGAGAAGCCCUAAGUGUUCUAUGUUCUGUUGUGAAACAUUCAAGAAGUGGAGAGAAACACUUGACCACGUCUCGUGUUCCUCACAACACUUCUUUCGUCUACACGCUCUUUAGCGCAUUAGAUCAUAUCCACAUGUAUUUUGCGCUGUAUGAGUAAUAAAUUAUAAUUAUUAUUAUUAUUAUUGUUAUUAUUAUUAUUAUUAUUAUUAUUAUUAUUAUUAUUACUCUAACCGCAUCCUGCGUUCUUUUCAACAAUACAGAGCACAGUCAAGGCUUUUCUAUUGGCUUAUUACAAAGAAUCCUUCAAAUUCCCCUCGCAUUAGUUUCAAUUUUUAAAGCAAACUCUAUUUCCAAAGCAAAUCACAGAGUAUUUAUGUGGUUACCAAUGGUACCAAGUAGCUAUGCAUUUCAUUCAACUUAUCCUCACAGUUGAUCAUGAAACAUGGAAGAGUAUCUUCACAGUGCAUGAGCCGGCGUAGGUUGAAGUUAUCAUAUUUCAGGGACAACUUUGUUGCCUGUCUUUAUGGAAGUGUUGGUCACUUUUUUGUGCUAAAACUUCCGAAAAACCUUUAUUCGUUCAAGCAUUUUUCCACAUCGCAGGUUCGAAGCGGGCAAAUCGAGCCUAAACUGCUCGAACGGGUAGUCAAUCAACCACAAUAUUCAUUAAAUCUUGCCCACUUGCGGAGUAAACCCUAUGAUAUGGGAGUUUAUGGAUGUCAAAGCGGAAAUCAUGAGGUAUGCGAUCUGAGCAGACGCUAUUUUGUCACGUCCGCAAGAAUCAAGCUUUUCCAAUGUUUUUGUUAUCUCAUCAGUGGGAAUGAAUUCCAGUGAAGGCGUUCGUAAUUUAUUUCCUAUCGUAAAAUAUGGUCGGACUUGAAGUGCAAAUGCGCUUUCGGUAACAAAAGUUCGGCUUAAAUUCUGAAAGAGGUAAAAGCAAUUAUUUGUAUGUGUCACUUGUCUUUACGUUUGAGCAACUUUUUUUAAAAUAGAAAAUUUGGAGAUCACCUGCUGCGAUUUUUAAAUGCAGAUUAAGCUAAAAAGAUAGUAAGUACCUCACUUAAAUUUUAAUUUACGAUACCCAUAUCUUUGCGGUCUAUUAAGUUUCUGGAGACGAGAGUGAGUUAUUUGAAGGGGAAUGAAAAAUAAUAUUUAGAAGCGUAAAAAACAAAAUGAGUUGACUUCAGAAAAUAGACAUCGGCCAAUUAAUUUGAGCUUUUAAGAGCUGUCUCUUAUGGUAAUUUCCCUAAAUAUCAGAUGCUCUCUGUCAUUAUAACGUGAAAAGAGAUUUCCCCCAAGAAUAUCAUUCAUAUCGUCAUGCUCAAAUACUUGUUAUUUCUCAAGUUGGUUUUGGUUUUUGCUCAGCGCAAACUGAUAUUUGCAAUUCAGCCCAUCACACAGAACGACCAUGUUUUAACCGACCGUGUUUUUCAAGCCUUUACUGCAACAGACUGGUUCAACUGUCUACAAACCUGCCAUGAUGAUCCAAGGUGCAUCUCGUACAACUACCAGAGAUCGGCAGAAGCCAACGGUCUGUGUGAAUUGAAUGACUUUGGAGUUGAAGACUUUUGCGACAGAGAAGGGUCUCUCUUUUACUCCCCAGGAUUUGUGUUUCAGCAGAUAAGGACGAGUAAAGUGAGUGCUGUAUUAAGUAAAACAAGGUUGUAAUUCUGAUGUAGUAUUCGACGUCAUUUGUUGCAGUUCGCAGCUCAAACUAGCUUUCAUUUUAGCCAGCAAGUACAGUCACAGGUUUAAUUUUAUUUAUCUUGAAUUCGAUUUUCUGUGAGGCAGCUAAAUCCAGGGACAUUUCUGUUUGUUGGUCAAAAUAAUUUUACAUUCUACGAAAGCUCAUGGGAUCAUGGGUAUCUCAAACACGAAACCUAUUUUCCAUCUACUUCGGCUUUUUCUACCAGAAAUAAAGACUUCCUCUUUUAAUUCUUCAUUUUAGGAAUGCAAACAUGUUUGUCUUUCUGCUAAUUUCCAUGCACUUUUAAUACGCUUCUUCUAAACAAAAAUCCCCUUUAUUUUCUCCAGGAAGCGUUUUAAAUCUGAGACGUUUUAUAGACACCCUUCCUUCUUCAAUCUAUCCAUUAAUUUCAUUAUUUGCUGGCUUAAGUUUUAUUUGAUCAGUUAAACCAAUGUUAAUAUUACAUAAAAUUGCAGAGAAAUACGUCCGCUCGGUGCUUUUUCUCUUGAGUUUUCUGUUUGAAAGUUUGCCUAAAUUGUUUAUCACUGAAUAUAUCGGCUUUUUCACAUGCCUUGUCUUAGUCAUAUUAAUUCUCAUUUGUUCAAAAAUGUUCAAACGAUAUGCAGGUGUCAAUUUGACUUGCCUUUGCGUUAAGCUCUAAAUAUUCUUAUCCAAUUUUGUGUAUAGAAAAACCAGAAUUUAUUUUCAAUUUUUUGUUUCGAUAUUCUCUGAAGAAGUUUUUUUUACAAAGCUGAUAAACAAAGACUUUUUAGCGAACAUAUUCUUGUCAAUCAUCUGGAUAUUUUUUUAAAAUUACCAUUACUGAAGGCUCAGUCAGACGCUAAGCUAAAUCAUUUGAAGAGGAGCCGCAUACAUUGGAGAUUACUCAAAAAGUUAUUUACAUAAUUAUCGGCUUGAAAUUAAACAUUGGUUAUUAAAACGUAGUUUUGUACAAGCGUUUAUUUGAAAAGCUUUAUCUCACCUAUGUCUAAUUUUCGAUGUUCUUUUAAUCUAAAACCUAUAUCCCGCAGAUUGACGAGUGUGCCGCUUCAGAGAAGGAAAACAUUUGCGCACUGAAUGACUCAGGUGACCAAUUUAAUUCUCUUAAAAACUCGCCAUGCAAUUUACAGAAUUGAAGGCUAGAAAAAUAGUGAGUUGUUGGUUAAUUACUACUAAAAGCUAGUUUUAACUUUAUGUUUGAUCUGAUUAAACCAGCCUCAUUUUCCAGACCUAUUACGAAUCCGAAGCAAACGGUUUUUGAGGACUGACACCCUCAUUACCUUGUCGGAAAUAUGACCGCAGCGCAUAAAGGGAAGGCUGUGUAAAAACACCGUCAAUUAUGAAAUAGCUUAAAAACUACGGGCGCCCUGAUUGGUCAAAAUAUAUCGCUCCGAUAAACUCAAAGACAAUUAAAAAUUUUCCCAUUUUUGUUAAAGCAAUAAAUCGCUCUUUCUAUCGGUUGCCGGCCAAAUAAACCACUUGCAAAGUUAGAAGACUACGUGGUAAGUUUGUAGGAUAGUUGGGCCGCUACUAUCAACUAAACACCAAAGCCACACAAAUGAAGCAAGACAAAUUUUAGCAUCCAACUAGAACCUGAGAGGUGCGGGUUUGAAUUCCGUUGAAACCUGUAUUUUUGCAGGCUUUUUUUCUAACAGAUUUUUUUAGUAUCCAGCUCAGCUGCGAAGAUCAAUUUUUACACUUGAUAGUAAUUUACUUUAGACUUUAGAAAUUAUAAUGCCAAUAGAACUAUGUCUCCAUUUCAGUUCCCACGAUUCCGCCUCAAAAUGUUAAAGAGGUGAACAAGACGAUAACCAGUCUUUUCAUCACGUGGGAUGUUGUACCAACCAAUCAGAAUCUCGAACUGAUCCCAGAAUAUAAAGUGAUUUACUCCUUAAAGUCCGGUAAGAGGGACAUUCAUGGGAGUGAGGUUACAGCUUCCACGGUUUAUAUCAACCUUACAGGGUUAAAAAUACACAGAAAGUACAACAUAAUAGUGUUAGCAUUCAAUCAAUGUGGGGAUGGUCCUUUCAGCGCGAUGCUUUCAGCAAAGACAGACGAAGACAGUAAGUUUUGACAUGAUGUUUUACAUUGUAUCAAUCUCUGUUGCUGUUCGAUAUCUAACUGCAUACCUACCCCCAAGCUACCUGCCUACCAUCCUUUCUAUCUAAAUGUUUAUCCCUUCUUUUCUCUGCUUUCUGCAAAUGUACUUACGAAACAAGCGUUGCAGGACGAGGUCAGCUCUGACUGAAGAGCUGCGUUCCAUCACAUAAUGAGAAGUUGAACCCAACUACCGACCUCCCCACCUAUCUACCUACCUAACCAUUCCUUCUCUACCUACUUUCUUAUCUAUUCAUUUACUUUCCUUCCUGUCGCAUCUUAGCUACCUACCAACCUAUCUACGUCUCGAUGUUCCUACCGACUCACCUGCUUCCCUGCUUACCCACCUAUGGUCGCCUACCCACCUACUGUCCUACUCUGCUUCCUUUCCACCCCCACCCCCACCCCCACCCCACCCACUUAUAUAUCCACUCCCCCAUCUAAUCGUCCGCCUAUCUACCCACCAACCCUCCUAUCUGACUACUGGCCCACCUUUCUAAGUAAGUACUUAACACCGACUUCCAUGCUCACAAACCGGCAACCUACCUACUCACCAGUGAAUAAAGGAGGCUUGUUCCUGAAGAAACUGUGGUGCUGCGUCUGUGGGAGAGUAUAACAUGGUAAUUUAGUAUUAUCAACUGAGUUGGUAACGUAAAUUAGCUACCGUAAAGAGUUUCAAAGCUGGUGUUUCGAGCGCUAACCCUUCGUCAGAGCGAAUGACGAUAAUACUUAAGUACUACCAACCAAUGUACCAAUCUACCUACAUAGCCAUUACUUACCGCUUGCCUGCUCAUCUGCUUACUUUCUGAACUGAUCAAUUGCGUUACAUUCUGAUGCCUCUAUUUCUAUACAUUUAAGGACCCAAAGCAGCACCCCAAAAUUUAUCAGCUGAGAGACAGAACUCAACAAGCAUAUUGGUCAGUUGGGAUAGAGUACCAAAUGGUAAACGAGAUGGGACAAUCAUAAGUUACAGAGUGAAUUAUACCCGAUCAAAGGAGGGAGCAGAAAGAAUGAGCAAAGAAGUAGACAAAGCAAAGCGGUUACUCUUGUUGACAAACUUAGAGGCGGAUUCAGAAUACGCAAUAACAGUGUCGGCGUCAACUAGUAAAGGGUACGGACCGGCCAGUGAACCUGUUAAGGUGAAUGGAACAUAAGUACCGCUAGUUUCAAUUCCAGUAUCAGUGUACCUUUGGAGAUAUUUAAAAGAUGAUCAGUUCAUUUAUAAACCCUACCGCCAAAAUUUUCUUAGAUAAAGCGUCGAUUGCU